AGAAUUUUCUAGAGACCCAAGCCAGCAAGCAUGACGAAUCUGCGAAACGUGGGGAAAAGGAGGUUCAGCGAUCGUCACCUGCACUUGACCUUGGCCUAUGACCCUUCCCGCUCCAUGUGAACCUAAAGCGAGCUCCACGAAUUCAGUGGAGAUCCUGCCUUUCAGUUUUGCUCACCGUAAUAUAGAUCUGCCAUUGUCUCACAUCAUGAAAAUCCAUAUCCCUUCCACAAUCUUUCCUCCGCUGCUUGCUCGAGCAAAAACGUCAGCAUGGAUUCUUCGUCAGGAACACAUGAAUUCAAGGACCUAGAGCCCCCCGACUUCAGUGUUGGCAACCAGGACCAAAAUACGAGCGUCAGAGAUAUUGAAGAGGAAGAUCCGGUUGGUGUAGGUGCAGGCGGGGGCUCGAGAUCGCGAUCUGCAGAACGCAGGGUGCGGUUUAACAGUGAUGCUAUAAACAAUGUACCGUCUGGGCUGGGUAUCCAGAAUGGCCAAGGACGAUCUGAGCUAUCAUUGCCGGCAAACGAAGAGACACUGCAGCCAACGACGCCGACGGAUCGUUUCACAUUCUCAGUCGAUGAAUACGAUUACGCGCAAAGUAUAGCUCGUCGUGAUUCUAUGACUGGGGCAGGAGCCACGCACGCCCCAGAAGCAUAUACUGGGGAUACAUAUCAAAUGACUGAGGUACACUCGUCUGCAGGUCUCAUGCACGACGCUGAGUAUUUGCGGUCGUUUGAGAGUUCUACUGUGGGCAGCACCGGUAGUCCCAAUGCGCAGGAGUCUCAUCAGCCCGACUCAGAUACCCAACCUGAUUCUGGGUACUUGCAGUCAUUUUCGGAAGCUGAGGCGCUUCUCAAGGCCCAUAUGCCAGACCACAAUACCACUGGUGCAAAGAAUGAAGGUCCCACUCCCACCGGAAACAAUUACGAAGAACACGAGGCCAUCACCGUAAACCCACGUGGUGGUAUUUUCUACCAAAUUUUGCAGACUUACCAAAAUCCUGUCAAUGAGGAUACUUAUCGCAAUGGCAAAAGCGAAGAACCAGUGUCAUCAGAACCAACAAGAUCCACAACUCCUACAACACCUACGCGUCGUAAAUGGUACAAGCAACACAGCAGAAGUGAGCAGUCAUUGGGAACUCUCAGCCAACUGAUGGAAGCAUCUUCAAAGCUCGCCAUUCAGACUGUCAAGACUGAUGCUGAAUUGGACAAGGCGAUUCCCAAAGCACGGCCUGGAUAUACCCGGACGGGAAGUGGUAGAAUCAUGUCUUUGAUUGGCCUGAAACGGGAAAAGGACACAAAGAUCACAGCGCACCUUGCUGGCAUUCUUCAACGGCAAAAAUACAUUCUCAAGAUGUGUCGUGCGCUCAUGUUAUUCGGCGCGCCCUCUCAUCGUCUGGAGGAGUACCUUUCGACAACAGCCAAAGUCCUGGACAUGGAUUGCCAAUUUUUAUACAUCCCAGGAUGUAUGAUCAUAUCCUUCGACGAUCCACUCACUCACACCACUGAGGUCAAGAUGGUACGCGCUCCUCAGGGUGUAAACCUCGGCAAACUUCAAGACGUUCACCUUGUGUACAAGGAAGUGUUGCACGACAUUAUCGGCAUGGAUGAGGCCUUGACGAGGCUGGAGACAAUCAUCAAGGCAGACAAUCGAUGGCCCGUUUGGCUCUGUGUCAUCAUGUAUGGGCUCGCGAGCACUGCCGUGUCAUGUUUCUUUUCAGCGCGUCCCAUCGACUGGCCCAUUAUUUUCGUUCUUGGCACGAUUCUGGGAGUUCUGCAGCUCGUCGUUGCUCCCAUGUCGAAUACGUACAACACUGUCUUCGAGGUCAGCGCAGCCAUUCUAAUGACCUUCUUGUCACGCGCUAUAGCCAGCAUCCAAGACGGUCGUCUCUUUUGCUUUUCUGCCCUUACGCAAAGCUCUAUUGCGAUGAUACUCCCCGGUUGGCUUGUUCUCUCCUCGGCUCUCGAACUACAUUCAAAGGCUAUUGUGCCGGGGUCUAUUCGAAUGGUGUAUGCCAUUAUCUACUCACUAUUUCUUGGUUACGGUAUCACCGUUGGGGCGGCAUUAUUUGGCGCCAUGAAAGCGGAUGCAGUCACGGAAACGACCUGCCAAAACCCGAUGAACUCUUACUGGAAUUUUCUUUUCGUCCCCCUCUAUGUUUUCUUUACCACAUUCACUGUACAGGCCAAAUGGCGGCAAAUGCCAGUCAUGAUUGGUGUGGCUUUGGCUGGCUAUAUUGUUAACUUUUACACCUCCAAGAGGUUCGCCGCCAGCGCACCCAUUGCAUAUACCUUUGGCGCCUUUACUAUUGGUAUCCUGGCCAACCUGUACAGCAGAGUAAGACAUGGCGUGGCAGCUGCUGUUCUUUUGCCCGCUGUUUAUGUACAAGUUCCUGGCAGUCUUGCUUCUAGUGGAGCUAUCACUGUCGGGCUGCAAACCGCCACUCUCCUGACGAGUACCAACGGUACUACAUCUUCCACCGAAAGUACCCAACUCAACGCACUCGCGUUCAACUUCGCCGCUAGUAUGAUUCAGAUCGCGAUUGGUAUCACUGUAGGACUCUUCGGGGCUGCUUUGUUCGUCUAUCCUCUAGGUAAGCGCCGUAGUGGUCUGUGGACAUUGUAGUGGUUUAGUGGUUUAGUAAGGAACUGGUAACUUGCUGGGCUGGGUAACUUGUUUAUAGAGUACCGAGCAAAUAUAGUCUCGAAUUUUGAUAGUUAUGGGGGUUGGAUCAAUUGGUUAGAGGGCAGGCGUUGGAUGAGGGGAAAAUAUAGCAUCAUAAUAGAGUAGGCGGGCACUCCACGGCGACACGCUGUAAGACUCGUUGCCUACGUUAAGAGUAGAGUAGAGUAGAUUGUAGUUCAGAUUUGCAUAUGAUAGCUAUUGCAGUCUCACGUCAAGGAAAGACGCGUCGCAUUUCGCAUUCAGGAGACGAAAUUUCCUAGGAUUGUACAUACC